UAAGGCAGAUUGUUGGAAGUGUGUGUAGUAUCUUGGUUGUCACCAAAUUUAAUGUUUCUUGGAGGUUUCUGUUUCCUCUGUUUACCUUGUCCCCAUCCAUCAUUUAUUGCUCUCUACAAUUUGGUUUAAAUUAUACAUACCCUCCCCAUUUCCCUCCUCUCUACAAGGUCAAGGUGGAAAAAUGAGGAAGUUGAGUUCAUGAUCUAGAAUUGUUGUGUUAUGGGGAAGUUGGAGCCCAAUCUGUUGAAAGAAGAGAUUAUACAGCUCCAGAAAGAGCUGGAGGGCCAAACUCUUGUUCGUUCCGCGCUAGAGAAGGCGCUCAAUCACCGGCCUCUCAUCGAUGAUUCCACCUACAAAUCACUCUCUAAGGUUGCUCAUUCUUUUCUUGUAGUUUGUUCAUUCACAACAAAAUAUUUUCUGUGUCAGGAAAAAAAACAUGCCUUUGAUGGGAGAGAUAAUACUAUUUCACCAAUCGUGUCCAACAUAUUCAUACCUAAUGAUUUUCCACAAAGUGGUGACGAAACGUAUAACUUGUACAAAUCUUUCUAUUUUCCAAAAAAUCUCAUCAAAGAAAUAGCUCUCUUGGAGUUGGAGGUUGUGCAUCUGGAGAAGUAUCUUCUCUCAAUGUACAGAACAAACUUCUCCAAAAGGCUCUCUCCUUUGCCUAAAACUGAUGCUCAAGUUGGCAAGACUAGUUUAGAAUCAGUGAGUGAGGAUUCUGUGAUUCCCUCCAACGCCUCAGACGCGUUGGCAGACACUGGUAUAUACCGCAGCCACUCGUCCCUCUCUCACUCGGCUGUCUCCUUCAGAGCUUCGCCUCCGUAUGGAGCUAUAGCCGAAGCCAUAGACUCCUAUCAUUCUCUCCCCUUAUCCAUGCUUGAGCACACGUCCGAAGAUGCUAAUGAAACAGAGGAGCCUCGUUGUGGCUUCCGGGAAACGCCCAACUGGAUAUCUGAGGAGAUGAUCAGAUGCAUCUCAACCAUCUAUUCUCAUCUGUGUGAUCCUCCACUCUAUGCACAAGGUGAAGAGAGCACAUCGGGGCAGCACGUCGAGGCAUCAAGAGAACAUUCUGGAUCAUUCUACACAAUGAUCCAAGUGUGCAGCAUUGCAAGGGACUCCCAGAGGCUGAAUUCUGUUCAAGACCUGCUGCACAAGUACAGGUGUAUCAUUUCUAAACUGGCCCAAGUGGAUCCAGGCAGACUGAAUCAUGAAGAGAAAUUAGCAUUCUGGAUCAAUGUACACAAUGCACUAGUGAUGCAUGCGUUUAUAGUAUAUGGGGUGCCACGAGGAAGCCUAAAGAGGAUCUCCCUAGUCCUCAAGGCUGCAUAUGACGUUGGAGGCCACACGAUAAGUGUUGACACCAUACAAAGCUCGAUUCUGAGGUGCAGGCUGCCUCGUCCAACUCAGUGGCUGCAAGCGUUGUUUUUCCCCAAGACGAAGUUUAAGGCUAGGGAUACGCGUAAAUCAUAUGCAUUGAAGCAUCAAGAGGCACGGCUGCACUUCACCCUGUGCUCAGGCUGCCGGUCAGAUCCAACAGUUCGAGUCUACACGGCGAAGAGGGUGCACCAAGAGCUAGAGAUGUCUAAAGAAGAGUACAUCCAAAUGAACAUAAAGGUGCAGAAAGAGCAGAAGAGAUUGGUUGUGCCAAAGAAUGUGGAGUAUUUCAUAAAGGAGAUGGGGAUGUCUCCAUUAGGCAUUGCAGAAAUGCUUGAGCACUCAAUGCCUCAUCAGCAGAGAGGAAAGGUGUGGCGAAAAGUCGAUUAUGCCCCCCACGACUUCGCCUUCCGUUUCCUGCUCUGUGAUGAGCUCCUCAAAUGAUCAAUAGGACAUAUGUAUGCAUUUGUUUUUGCAGCUUUGAAUGACAAAUGAAUCUGAGUUAGUAGGAUGGUUGGAAGGGAUUCAUUUGUCAUUCCAAAUACUGGUUGAGUUGAAUGUGUUUGUGAGGCUUCCAAUGUGGAAUGGACCAAUUGAGUUUGAGGAUUGA